UCUCUGACAAGUCUCAGUACUGCUAUCUCCACAUCUUCACUGAUCCACGCACCAGAGGAUCCUGAUGAACCUUUGCAAAGAUGCAGUCAACCCGCGCCUCAGGAAGUAGAGAUAGGCGACCGUCCUAUGAUACCCCCAAACGGUCGGCAUUGGCUUGUAACCGUUGUCGUGGUCGAAAGACCAAGUGUAAAGGAACUCCGCCUCUGCAAUGCCCGGCUUGCGAAGAAGCAGGAGUUGAGUGUAUUUAUACCGAGACAGAAAGACGAGUCCCCGUACUAGAAAGCGUUCUUCUCGACCUUCAAGCCCGCGCAAGAGCUGCAGAUCACAUCCUAGGAGCAAGACAAAGCAACGACACCUCACCUCUGAGCACCGAAGAGCCUAUGCACAAAGAGGACGAUGAUUGGUGGUACAAAGGGAUGGAUACCUUGCUCCUCAGUCGCUCUGGCGAGCAUCACUAUGUCGGAACCGCAUCGUCGACCUAUCUUGCGCAAAAGCUGAACCCAACCGCGGACACAAAUUUGGCAUGGGAUGUGCAUCCAAUGUACAAAGAUCCAUCAUCGCUGCAGAGGCCCUCUGCUCCCAUCAUGCCACAAUUGCCUCCUUAUGAGUUUGCAAGAAGACUGUAUGGCGCACAAUAUAUCUACAUUGGGACAAUCUUUUCUUUCCUGCAGCCAGACACUUUUGAAAAGCGAUUGCAACAAGCCUAUGGGCAUCCUCCAAAUCUGGGCAACAGGGAAGAAUGUCUUGCCUACUGUCAAAUCCUGCUGAUCUUUGCAUAUGGCCAAAUGUAUUCCGUCAAUCAGUGGUCAGGUAAUGAUGGACCACCAGGCUUCACAUAUUUCAAGCAUGCGUUAUGGCUUCUUCCCGAUAUUCACCAGGAAGGCUCAAUCUUGUUUGUGGAAGUAUUAAGUCUCAUUGCUCCAUAUAUGCAGAACUUGAAUCGGAAAGACGCCGCUUUUCUAUACAUCGGUCUGGCUUUGAGAAUGGCCAUAUCCCUCGGACUUCAUCAAGAGAUAGACGACCCAACCAUGGAUAUGGUGGAACAAGAACAUCGACGAAGAGUAUGGUGGUCUGUGUACAGUAUGGACCGAAUCAUUUCGGUCAAGUCUGGCAAUCCUAUAUCAAUUCACGAUGAGGACAUUGAUGUUGCCUGGCCAAGCCCGAUACCGGGCAUUGAUGCAAAUUUAUCACCACCCAGAGUGUUGGCACACUAUACGCAGCUCUCUCGGAUCCUAGGCAGGAUUGGUGAGGGAAUAUAUCGCAAGAAACACAAGACCGGGACCAAUCUCUUGACAUCUGUGCAGAGCAUCAUGCAUGAUCUGUCUGAAUGGUUGAGUCAUGUUCCACAAGAGCUGAGAAUCAAUUUCUCGGCCUUGGACCGACCCCUUUCACGUGAAGGCAUAUCAACCUUUCUUCACUACUAUCAAUGUAUCAACAUGACGACCAGGCCAACGCUCCUCUAUGUCUGCCAGAAAAGAUUAGAUGCUCUUGCUACUGGCCUGGCUCCCUUGAACUGGAAAGAAGGUCUCUCGCCCAAUGUGAUCACUAUCAUUGAGACUGCGGUCAGGGCUGCUCGUGCGAGCACGAUGAUCAUGAGUGCAGCUGCGAGCCAAAAUCUAUUUGCAACGUAUGGUUUCAUGGACGGCGAACAUGCCUUUUCGGCUUCGCUUACUCUCGUCAUGGUCAACGUUGCAUUUCCCUACAAUGAGAAAGACGCCACUGCUAUGGAGACUGCGCUUUCAGUUCUUCGAGGAAUGGCGGCGAAAGGAAACGAGUACAUCGAGGCAAGAUUGACUCUUUUGAUGAACCUCCGUGCAAGUAUCGGACCUCGUCUGCCGACCCGCAAUCCCGCCAUGCCAGCGAACGUUGCCAUGUCACAAUUUCAGGAGUCAGUUCCUUACACCUCUGUAACCGUUCCAAUGGCGAUUCCGAUACAACCGCAAGAUAAUAUUUUGCAAUUUGAUAGUAGUUUCCAACCUUUACAGGACGUGUCUUUCGAUUUCGACACAGAGGAAGACCCAAAGUUCUGGGAAGAAUUGACUGGUAAUUUCGAUAUCGAUAUGAACAUGGAUACUGGCUGGAUAGAAAAUGCUCUGCGAAACGAAACGUAUCAUCACAAUCAUCCUGGUUCAUAGCCAGCUCAUAAUUGUGUGGAAGAAU